GGGACGGGGGCUGACGUGGUUCAAUUCUGUGGCCCAGACGCCCUGGGAAGCGUUAUUGAGGAAAUGGGAGAGACUCGUACAGUCCUGGAAGGUACCAUUUCCUGGAAUUUCAGAACAUUUUUCCUCUGAGAAUAUCUGCCUUGAGUCUGGAAAAGUCAUUCUGAAAAUCUCUUCGGUGAAGAUCCUAAGUUUGGAUUUAUCAGAUCAGCGACUAUCAGUUUGACGAGAUGAGUAACAGCCACCCUCUUCGCCCCUUUACUGCAGUUGGGGAAAUUGAUCAUGUGCAUAUUUUAUCUGAACAUAUUGGUGCCUUGUUGAUUGGAGAAGAAUAUGGCGAUGUCACGUUUGUUGUGGAGAAGAAACGUUUUCCUGCCCACCGGGUAAUUUUAGCAGCCAGGUGCCAGUAUUUUAGAGCAUUACUGUAUGGUGGAAUGCGAGAGUCUCAGCCUGAAGCAGAAAUCCCUCUCCAGGACACCACUGCUGAAGCAUUCGCAAUGCUUCUCAGAUACAUCUAUACUGGGCGGGCAACCCUGACAGAUGAGAAGGAGGAGGUGCUGCUGGACUUUCUGAGUCUGGCUCAUAAAUAUGGAUUUCCAGAGCUGGAGGAUUCUACUUCUGAGUAUCUCUGCACCAUCCUUAACAUCCAGAAUGUCUGUAUGACUUUUGAUGUUGCCAGUCUCUACUCCCUUCCCAAGUUAACUUGCAUGUGCUGCAUGUUCAUGGACAGAAACGCUCAAGAGGUGCUCUCAAGUGAAGGUUUCCUCUCCCUUUCCAAGACAGCACUUUUAAACAUCGUAUUAAGAGAUUCAUUUGCAGCUCCUGAAAAAGAUAUUUUCUUAGCUUUGUUAAACUGGUGUAAGCACAAUUCAAAGGAAGAUCAUGCUGAAAUCAUGCAGGCUGUGCGUUUACCUCUGAUGAGCCUCACUGAACUUUUGAACGUUGUGAGGCCUUCAGGACUGUUGUCUCCUGAUGCCAUUCUGGAUGCUAUUAAAGUACGAUCGGAGAGCCGAGAUAUGGACCUCAAUUAUAGAGGCAUGCUCAUACCAGAAGAAAACAUUGCAACUAUGAAGUAUGGAGCCCAGGUUGUAAAAGGGGAGCUGAAAUCUGCCCUGUUGGAUGGUGAUACUCAAAAUUAUGAUUUGGAUCAUGGAUUUUCUCGGCACCCAAUUGAUGAUGAUUGCCGUUCAGGCAUUGAGAUUAAGCUAGGUCAGCCAUCCAUUAUCAAUCACAUACAGAUUCUCCUGUGGGACCGAGACAGCCGAUCUUACUCCUAUUUUAUCGAAGUGUCAAUGGACGAACUUGAUUGGAUCAGAGUGAUAGAUCAUUCACACUAUCUGUGUCGGUCUUGGCAAAAGUUGUAUUUUCCAGCCCGUGUAUGCAGGUAUAUUCGAAUAGUUGGGACUCACAACACAGUGAACAAGAUUUUUCACAUUGUGGCUUUUGAAUGCAUGUUUACAAAUAAAAUCUUCACUCUGGAGAAGGGACUGCUAGUUCCCACAGAGAAUGUUGCAACGAUUGCCGAUUGUGCCAGUGUGAUCGAAGGAGUCAGUCGGAGCCGAAAUGCCUUGCUGAAUGGGGACACCAAGAAUUACGAUUGGGAUUCCGGCUACACAUGUCACCAGCUAGGAAGUGGUGCAAUUGUGGUUCAGCUGGCACAGCCAUACAUGAUUGGGUCAAUACGGUUAUUACUUUGGGACUGUGAUGAUCGAAGCUAUAGCUACUAUGUUGAAGUUUCUACCAACCAGCAGCAGUGGACCAUGGUGGCUGACAGAACAAAAAUCUCCUGCAAGUCCUGGCAGUCGGUGACUUUUGAGAGACAGCCUGCCUCCUUCAUCCGAAUUGUUGGAACACACAACACAGCAAACGAGGUGUUCCACUGUGUCCACUUUGAGUGUCCAGAGCAGCAGAGCAUCCAGAAGGAGGAAAACGGCGAGGAACUGGGGACAGGGGACGCCAGCCCAGCCACUCAGCAGAUCGACCCUCUCGCCCUGCGGGCACCAGGCGCCAGACCACUGCCCCCCAGCCCCGGCCCCAGCACGUGCUCACCCAGCCGGCAGCACCAAUAAAGGAAGCGGUAGAGGGGGUCUGUCUUACUUUUCUUAUUGCUGAGACAAAAUACCCGACGCCCAAGGUUAGAGGAAAGGUUUACUGUAGCUCGCGGUUUGUAGAGGCUCAGACCAUAGCUGGCUGACUUCAUGGCAGAGGGGCAUUGCAGAGUUCAUGCUGGGCAGAGGGCAGCAAAGAAGGCAGUAAGUAGUGAUGCAGCAAGUAAGGACCCCAGCCCUCUUUCUGCCCCUUAUGCUCCAUCCAGGCCGCACACCCAUCACCCCAGCAUCACACAGCCUAGAUUCAGCCACCUCUGAAAAGCCCCCCAAGAGCACACGAGGCUUUGAGGGUCGUCUAGACACAGCCACAACAGGGUCUGGCCGGGUGGCGCAGAAGGUGACAGGAAUGUGCUCUCCCUGGCAGGGACCUUUGUGGGUUGCCUGGUUCCCUUUCUGGGAGCAGACCUGGCUGCGAAGUGGGUUUUCUCCCAGGGACGGAGAGGGCUGCAUUGUUCCCAUUUGUCCAAAUCAAGCUGGGAGAAGGCGGCUCUCCAGGCUUCAUCGAGUGUCCCAUUAAACCCUGCCUCUCUAAUCCACCCAGCCAGGAGCAGAGGGAAGUCGCAGGCUGCCCUGCAGUACAGAAGCCGUGCACUCUGGAGCGGAAGCGAACGCACCAGGCCUUUAUUACCUGCAGGCACCCUGUGGGAAGUGGGUUUCCAUAGUGUUUACUUUUAUGGAACACAUCGCCUGGCAACGGAAUGAUUUUUUUAUUUCUUUUAGUUAUUCUCCAUUUGCUGAAUCAUAGGUGUUCCAGAUCUUUUCGAAAUAGUCCAGCAGCAAAUCGCUUGCUCUAAUCCCUUCCAAAGCUGUCAUUUCCCUUGCUUGGUGCAGAACAUUUCAGCGGGGCUAGGCGCAGGCACAGCUCAUCCGGGCACCUGGUUUGACGGGCAAUCCUCCAAGAAGUUCAAGGAAAUGCACGAUGAGCACAUCAGUCUGCGGGCCCCGGAGUCAAUAAUGGCACAGAUUGCUGUUACUAAUCUGCUGCCCAGAAAUGCACCCGGCCUGUGCACUUGGAGGCUGAGGAGGAAACAGCUAUAGGCAGCCUCUAAUUACUGCCCAGAACAGGCUCCGACCGCCAAGCCUGGGCCGUCCUGCGGCUCCCUUUGGUACAGCGGAGGAUGCAGCCCCGCCGCCCUCACAUCAGGAGCGGGAUGUGCAGGGUGACGGCCCUGGGGCCCGAGACGCAGGUGACUCCAGUUGGAAAUGCAGCCCUGAGAAGCUGGCCUCCGGUCCCCUCCGGAAGGAGCUCCGUGGCUACUGCAGCUCAGGCUGGCCCUUGUCACUUGCUGGUGACUUCCCACCCCUGCUGCUGACCUCCCCGGGUCCCCGCUCAGGAGCGGGGGUUCCUUCCCGUGUCUGAAAAACAACUUGGGUGGUUGGGGUGUAGAAGGGGCAAAAGGGCCUGCAGUUGGGUCCUCACCUCGGUCCGAGGGAGUCUACCACUGCCGUGGCAGUGGCAUCGCUGCCCGCUGCGGAAGCAGAGGCCACGGCGGGAGAGAAGGUCCUGGGGCAGAAGCGCGGCCGGCGUCCUGGGUGAGCG